UCAACUUGAGGCAGGCGGAUAUUGCGAACCAAACAGGCGUUUGCUGCUCUGUCUUUUCUAGCUCUAGCAGUCCUUACAAAGCGAGCGCCGGAGGAGCAAUGGAAGCUAAGGCGUUUCUGCGGGCGUCGUGCCUUUGCCGCCUGCAGUUAGCGGCGGUGAGAGGCGCGCCGUGGGGGCCCUGGUUCCGCCGCCGCUUCGCCCCUUCGGCGCCCUUGGGUGUGGGGUCCCGUCCCGCCACGGGGCCCGGAGCCCUCAGCCCUUUCGACCGGCAGAUGAAGAGGAAGCAGAAGAACUGGGCAGCCGGGCAGCCUCACGCGGAGCACUGCGAGUAUCUGCGGGAGGAGGUUGGUAGUAGGAUGGCUGAUCGUGUGUUUGACAUAUCCAGGACAUUUCCCCUUGCCUUGGACCUUGGGUGUGGGCGAAGCUAUAUAGCUCAGCAUUUAAACAAGGAUGUUGUUGAAAGGCUUUUUCAAUCAGAUGUGGCUGAAAAUGCUCUGAAGAACACAAUACAUUCAGAAAUACCAAGAGUCAAUAUUGUAGCUGAUGAAGAAUUUCUUCCUUUCAAAGAAAACACAUUUAAUCUUGUUGUCAGCAGUCUGAGUUUGCAUUGGGUCAAUGAUCUUCCCAAAGCAUUGCAUGAAGUACAUCGAGUCCUUAAACCUGAUGGAGUAUUCAUUGGUUCCAUGUUUGGGGGAGACACACUCUUUGAGCUUCGCUGCUCUUUGCAGCUAGCAGAACUAGAAAGAGAAGGUGGAUUUUCUCCACAUGUGUCCCCUUUUACAGCUGUGAGUGACCUAGGACAUCUACUGGGAAGAGCUGGCUUCAACACACUGACUGUGGAUUCAGAUGAAAUCCAAGUUAACUAUCCAGGAAUGUUUGAAAUUAUCGCUGAUCUACAAGGUAUGGGAGAAAGUAAUUGCUGCUGGAACAGGAAACCUUUGCUACACAGAGAAACCAUGUUGGCAGCUGCAGCCGUGUAUAAGGAAUUGUACGGAAAUAAUGAUGGGACAAUACCAGCAACAUUUCAGAUUUAUUAUAUGAUAGGAUGGAAAUUCCAUGAAUCACAGGCACAACCAGCACAGAGAGGUUCUGCAACAGUAUCAUUUGGGGAUCUGAGAAAAAUAAAUGAACUUAUUCCAGGCAAAAAAAACCUUUGACAUGAAAUAUCAUAGUAAUAUAAAUUGUACAUAGCCUGUUGAAUAUUUAGCAGUUAUCAUUUAAUUUUGACAAACAACUGACACUAUGUUUCCCCAAAAGUUUACUUCAGUGCCUAGGAAAAAAAGGGUUUAUAUUCCUGUUUACCAUUUCAGUGGCUGUAUUUUUAUAUAUAAAUGGUAAUAGUAAAGUUGCAAAUUUGAACUGGAUACAUCCAAAGAAAUGAUAGUGUGUAUUUCUGUAUAGGUAUUACCUGUCCAUGUGAAAAUGUGAGAGGUCCACCUACUCAAUAAAUGAAUGGCAGAGUAGGGACUGGGUAGUUGCUCCUACAACCCCUAGGCAUUACAUGGAAGGGCCAUUCUGACUGCUGCAUUUUUUGCAUCUUCUGUUAAAUAAUGUAUUGUCUGUUAGCUAGUGGGCUGUUUGAUGAAAGGAAAGCCAUUUAAUUCCACUAUGCCAGACUACAUGCUUUUGGGACCUAGAUUCUUGGCUAGGAUCCCAAGGCCCACCAAUGAAGAGCUGAGAUGACAAGUAAUGGUAUACAGUAGGCAUAUGCUAAGAAUUAAGGAACAGUGGGCUUCUAAUUGUAUGUUCAUCCCAUAGGUGACUAUUACAAGCUACAGUGUCAUCACAUGCAAUUUGACAUCAUUGUAGAAAUGUAUCAUUUGCAUGAUGCUAUCUGUUAACUUGGGCCACUUGUGGAAUAACUUCAUGAUGCACACAUAAGCAUUUACCCACCUUGCCACCCUGCUGACACUCAUGGAUAAGAGUGUCAAAGUAAUAAGGAUCCAGGUAUUUUCCUGGUAACAACCAUCCCUGGAUUUUCUUUCAAUUUUUUUUCUCAACUAUCCAGAACAAAAGAUUUAUUUUUUUUAUGCUGCAUUAAACAAUUAUGAGUCAGGCAUCCAUGCUGACUUACAGCUAAGUUAUCCAAAGAUCUAUUGGUAUCUCUUAUUCUAGCUUUUGCACUUGUUAAAAUGGGGAUAAAUUUUCCAGUUAAAAUAGUAAACCACAAUAAUCUGUUUAUAAGCUUAAUUAUGACUUCAAUGACUUAGCAGAGCUGCUACCUUUAAUUCCUCCUAUAUAUGUGUAUGUGUGUCUGUUGUGUAUAAAAUAAACAAGUUAUGCUUGCACAAUCAGUUAACUGAACCGUAGUUUAUUGAAAUUAACUCAACAUGUGACCAACAAAUCAGUCACAUUUUAACCUAUUAUGU